GAGCUUUCUUGGUCGCGACUCUCUUUUCUAUCUCCCUGUCUCUUUGAUUGUGCGAUACGAAAGAAAAAUGGAACCCCCGUAAGCCAGGCAUCUCGUAGGCACCCGCCGAAGAAACAGGCAAGGGACGUGGGGUCCUUUGCUCGCGCCGAAAUUCAAAGAAAUAAAUAGUUCCGGCGCUGGUUCUGGACGCGGGCGAGUGUUGCUGCGGCUAUGGUGGAAUUUGCUUCCUAGCGCCCGGGGUUGGGCAGCGUUGUGGGCUCUCCGCCCCGGUGACCAGGGCCUUUCUUGUGAGCCUCAGGCCCGGGCAGCUUGGCGCGGCGGGGAGGCAGAACUCCUGUGACCUGUUUGAUUCUUAGUAGAAACUGACUUAUCCGGCCCAGUAGGAAAAAUGCAUAUUAAGUCAAUCAUUCUUGAAGGAUUCAAGUCCUACGCUCAGAGGACUGAAGUCAAUGGUUUUGACCCCCUCUUCAAUGCCAUCACUGGUUUAAAUGGUAGUGGAAAAUCCAACAUAUUGGACUCCAUCUGCUUUUUGCUGGGUAUCUCUAAUCUGUCACAGGUUCGUGCCUCUAAUUUACAAGAUUUAGUUUACAAAAAUGGGCAAGCUGGUAUUACCAAAGCCUCAGUGUCAAUCACUUUUGAUAAUUCUGACAAAAAGCAAAGUCCUUUAGGAUUUGAAGUUCAUGAUGAAAUUACAGUAACAAGGCAGGUGGUUAUUGGUGGCAGAAAUAAAUAUUUAAUCAAUGGAGUAAAUGCAAACAAUACCAGAGUACAGGAUCUGUUCUGUUCUGUUGGCCUUAAUGUUAACAACCCACACUUUCUCAUCAUGCAGGGCCGAAUUACAAAAGUAUUGAAUAUGAAACCUCCAGAGGUAAGAAUGCUAUUCUUAUUUUAAUCUUGUAGGUAAUCAGUUAUUUUACAUAAUUUCUUUCAUUAAAAUUCUUGGAAGCAUUGUUUAGGCAUGAUUAGUCAAGAAAGUAGUUUAGUUUUGUUGGGGUUUUUUAAUUCAGCGAUGCCUAAUUUUAUGUGUGUGUGUGAUGUACAUCAUCACCCUUCUGAGCUUUAGUAUCCUCAUCCAUAAAUUGAAGUCAGUGUCCUUAUGCUAGGUUUGUUGUGAAGUUUAAAUGCGAAUGUUUAAAGGUUUGGGACAUUGUUAAGCAGAUUGUUAAAAAUUGAG